AUGGUGGCCGCGGUGGUCUCUCUAGUCCUGGCGCUGGCCUUCCUGCCGAUCAUCCUGACCGGACCCUCGGAUCCCGCCACGCCGAUGCCGCCCAUGCCUGCGACACCGCCGGAUGACCUUGACAGCGGCGGCGGCGUCGCCGACCCCGGCAGAGAAAAGCCUGCACCACCAGCAGCAUCGGCGUCGGGCGUCGCCCGUAGAGUAGAACUCGCCGCCGCCGCAGUAGCAGGCCGCGGCAGCAGCAGCAGCAGUAGCAGCAGCGCCAGUUACUCAGACAACCAUGAGUCCCGACAAGGGUUUGAUGGACAACAGAGUUGGAGGAGGGAGCAGGAGGAGGGGGGCGGGGGUGGGUGGGCGGGGGGAGGAGAUUCGGGUGUGCCGGAGGACCUCUCCGCUGGGCGCGCUGCGGGAGGGGGAGCAACGGGUGUUGUAGCGGAAGGGGAAGGGGGAAAGUUGAGGGACGGGAGAAAUCGCUGCUUCGUGGGGGCGGAGGGAGACCACCGCUGCUACCCCACCGUGUUCUUUUUCGGGACGUCUAAGUGCGGGACAACGUCUCUCGCGAGAUGGCUGGACCACCACCCCGCCACGCACUGGGUGGCCAACCCCCGCAGGCCGCACCAGAUCGAGGAGACGGGGGUGAAGGAGGCGCACGUGUUCGACGACCCCCCGAAGGGCGACCCGGCGUUCGAGGAGGGAAUGCAUCACGAAAAAUUAUUCAUCACGACGCCCAAGUCGGGCGCGGAAGACGUUGUCAUCGACUACACGCCUCACUACAUCGCGGUGGCGGAGACCCCCCACCGUAUCGCGGACAUCUACGGGGGCAGAGAGUCCGGGCUGAAGUUUAUCGUGACGCUCAGGGAGCCGGCGGGCCGGGCCAUCAGCUCCUGGGAGUUUAAGAACGAGUACAACCCGAAGAAAGGACGCCGAGAGGAGUCGCGAUCUCUGGCCAAGACAAUUGAGGACGGGGGGCGACGCGCGAUGAAGCUUCACGCCUGCCUAGCCCUCGCCAAGUCCAAGGCUGUCAGCCCCCGGGAUCGCGACUUGAAGCUCUGCAACCCCCGCAAGUUUUUGGAGGUCCCUCUGUACGUUUCGCAUGUCGGGAAGAGCAUGUACGCCUUGCAGCUAGAGCGGUGGUUUGACCUCUUCGGCCGAGAGAACUUCAAGGUUGUGUUCACGGAUGACAUGGCCGUCGACCCCGUAGGAGUUCUCGAGGACGUGCUACACUUCCUGGGGCUAGAGCUCACCAGCGAGGACGAGUCCAAGGGAUUGCCGGACAUGAAGGGGUGGAAAAAGAUCACCGGUAUGGCGUACAACAAGACCAAAUCUAAGAAGAAGGACGAGCUGGGUGACCAGGUAACGGACGAGGUGAAGGAAGGGCUGCGGAAGUUCUUUGAGCCCCACAACGAAGCCCUCGAGGAGAUCUUAGGCCAACCGCUCCCGGAAGCAUGGGGCUCGUGA